AUGCCUAUCCACAACACUAGAGGUACAACAGUUAUGACUCCCGAUGAUCAGGGUCAUCAGGUAAAAGAAUUUAUUGGAGAACUCAACGCAGAGCUGAAGAAGAAACUCAACGAUGAGUUUAAUGUCAGAUUUGACUCUGAGAACAUAGACAUCCUUAGAGCUAUCAAUGCUCUUAAUGCAGGUUCAGAUACCUACUUGGACUUAAGUGAGCUAGAUGUGCUACUGAAUACAUUCAGGCUUCAGCUGUCUCAACACCAACAGAUCUAUCCUCGAACUAGAAAUCGAAAGACCUGAAGUUGAUUACCGUCUUGGUCUACUAAUAAAUCCGAAGAGGCUUCCAAACUUGACCGCUUUAAUUGCAGUUAAGAACACCAUCUCGACAUCAACCACUUCAGUGGAAAGAGCAUUUUCCAGCAUGAAUCGUAUUUGCACGAAGCUGCGAUCCACCCUUCUUCCAGAAAGAUUAAGUGAUCUUUUAUGCAUUUUGUUAAACAGAGAUGUUGUUGAUUUACUGGAUUUGGACGAAGUCGUAACAGCAUGGGGAAACAUGCGCAAUAUAGGUGGUCUAAAGUCUAAGUAA